AUGCAUCUUCUUCAAGCCAACAAUUUAGAAGGUUAUGCCAAUGGAGACACGCCAUGCUCUUCCAAAACAACUGGUUCCGGUGAUGCAUCUCAACCUAAUCCGGCCUAUAAAUUCUGGUGUCGCCAAGACAACCAUGUGUCUCUUGCUUUGUUAGGUUCCUAUAGUCCAGACGCACAAAUUGUUGUGUCUUCUACGACUUCCUCUACUGGUGCAUGGCAGAAAUUGCAGAAAGCCUAUGCUAACAGAUCCCAUGCUAGAAUCAUGUCUCUCAAAGAAAGACUUUCCUCCAUAACUAAAGGCACGUCUAGUGUCCAUGAUUACCUGCGUAAUAUACGUUCAAUUGCUGAUGAGCUUGCCCUCAUUGGGCAUCCAGUGGAUGACAUUGAUCUUGUUAUUGCUGCACUCAAUGGUCUUGGUCCAACAUUCCGUGAAUUCAGUGCUUCUAUCUGUACCCUUGAUUCACCUCUACAGUUUGAUGAAUUGUUUGAUAAACUUGUGGAUUUUGAGAUAUUUCUUAAUCGAGAGGAACUCAUCCACUCAUCCGUUCCAACUACUGCUAAUCUUGCUAACAAAAGCUCCAUGCCUUCUAAUCAAGGAAGGUUUCCAAGAGGACCACCUACAAUGCCCCGCAAAGCUACCUUUGACUCAGCAGAAAAUAUUAUGGUGUGCCAAUUCUGUGACAAGCGUGGUCACAAUGCAAAGUAA